GUGGGCUGUAUUACUGCCUUGGCAGGUGAUGCUGCAGCUCACACGGGGCUGGAACAGCCUCCUUGCUUAUCUGCUUUUAAUUAGACAGGUGACCUGCUUUCAGCACCACCGUGCGUCAACAGCUCCAGGCAGCGCACAUCUUUUUUUAUUCCCAGCCUUUACCCGCACGGUGCGUCUAGCAGUCAGAGCUGCUUCGUCCCCAUCAAGACGCAGCCUUUCCGCGGCAGUUUCAGCACCGGGUUCUGGAGCUGUCCAAGCAUUCAGCACUUCUUUUUUUUUUUUUUUUUGUUCCUCAGGAAAAGAGAUCCCCCACCAGACUCACUCACUCACGCUGAUAGGAACUGGUUUUCUGCGCGCUCCGGAGUAGAUCAUUCCAAGGAUGGCGUCAAAACGCGUUGGCCUUUUCGUGCUUCUCCAGCUUCUUGUUCUGAAUGUAGUGAGCCAGACAUCUGCCUUCCCCACACCUACAGCCUCAGCGGAUGAUAAAACUGUGUACAACAGACAGCUGACAGAAGAGAGACCUUUACAGGAACAGAUUGCAGAGGCAGACAGCGUGAAGGCUGCGGUGCAGUCAGCAGAGAGCAAACAACCCGCGACCUCCAAGGAUGCGGAGUCAGAGCAAGGCGACGACUUCACCAUGCUCAAGUCUCUGGCCGACGGCCAGAAAUCGAAAGAGGCCCCGGAAGGGCCGGUGAAGGAGGGGGAUCGUCAGUACGUCCCCGACGAGUCCGAUUCGACGAAGAGCAGACGUCUGGCUGACGACUACGACUCCACCAAGAACGGGAUGGACUACGGCAAGUACCAGGAUGACCCAGAAAGCUUCCGGCAGGUUGACGGCACCCCGCUGUCUGCUGAGGAUAUCGUCCAGAAGAUUGCCAACAAAAUAUACGAGGAGGACGACAGAGGGGUGUUCGACAGGAUCGUCUCCAAGCUGCUCAAACUGGGGCUGAUCACUGAAAACCAGGCGGAUACUCUGGAAUACCAGGUGGCCGAGGCGCUCCAGGAUCUCAUCACCAAAAAUGCAAAGAAUAAUGAAGUCGAGGACAUGGACCAGGAGUCUAGGGGAGAGCAGGACGACCUGGGUCCAGACACGGACGCAUGGGAGACACCCAGGCGGCGUUACGAUGAAGAAGACGAUGACGAAGUAGCCAACAAUGACGAUGAGAUUGCGGACGAGGUGGACAGGGAUGUGGAAGAAGACGUGGACAACAGCUGGGACAAAGAGAAAGAGGAGGGCAACGAGGUGAACCCUGAAGAUGGGCUCCAGGACCUGCAGUACUUCCCAAACUUCUACCGCCUGCUCAAAAGCCUUGAUUCAGAGCAAGACGCUCAGGAAAGAGAAACCCUGAUCACCAUCAUGAAGACGCUGAUCGAUUUUGUGAAGAUGAUGGUGAAGUAUGGCACCAUCACUCCAGAGGAGGGAGUUUCAUAUCUCGAGAACCUGGACGCUAUGAUCGCCAUGCAGACAAAGAACAAGCUCGGAAAGUCCCUCGUGGUCCCGGACAUUUCGGGUCUUACGGGGAAAAACUUUGAUGAAGAUGACAACACCAAAUCCGAGACUGCCAAGAUGCAGAAGGAGUACGAGAACCUGAAGGACUCGACCAAAGAGGAGCAGACGUCAACCGAUACCAAUCAGCCGGGCAAAUCGGAGAGCUAUCUGGAGGCCAUCAGGAAGAACAUCGAGUGGCUGAAGAAGCACAACAAAGAAGAAGGCAAAAAUGAUUAUGACCUGUCCAAGCUGAAGGAUUUCAUGGACCAGCAAGUCGACUCGUACAUCGAGAAAGGAAUCAUCGCCAAAGACGAAGGAGACACCAUAAAAAGGAUCUACAGCAGCCUGUGACAAGAUAAUCCGUCCAAAGUCCGUCACUAAGAUCUCCUACAAGAACACAGAUUCUCUCAAAUUAUUUUAAAUUGUAUGAUAAAUUACCUACAGUAUAAUCGAAACCCAAUUUCCCAGAUGUUCCAAAAAUGAACCAAAAUUUAAAUUUAGUCUCAACUAAAUUGAAAUGUUCACCCGAAAACAGAAGACAGCUAGCUAAAAUCCUUUCAUAAGGAACCUGAAUACUUUGUCACAUCACACAGUGAAGUCUGCGAAUGUAAUUGCUAGAACCGCAUUGCAACAAUAAAUCCACAGAUAUCAAAUUAUACUAAUGUGUAAACCUGUCUUAGUCAGCCAUACUUAUCUUAUUUUCCAGCGCAUAUGUGAGAUUUUAUGUAUUCUUGCUUUUUAUUUUACCAUAAUUACGUUUGUGACGUUAUGAUGUCUGUGCGCCUUGUUGCUACCUUUUCUUUUUCCUGUUCUGCUGUAAUCCACCUGGGGCCCGCUAGGGGGCGGUGUCGCAGUCAGUAAUUCUCUCUGUAUGUCUCUACUAUGUGUUUUACGUCUCCAUCAAUGUAGAGGCAGAUGAUAGAAGUAUUUUUAAAUGUAAAUAUUUGUGGAUUUUUUUCCUAAAGUUGUAAAAGCAAAUAAAACAUUGCCUUUUCUUUA